GGGAGAGAGAGAGAGAGAGAGAGAGAGAGAGAGAGAGAGAGAGAGAGAGAGAGAGAGAGAGAGAGAUGGCGGAGGAAAGUAGAAGGCGGACGGUGACUUCACAGCCGGGUGCUCAGGCCGAUGCGGGGGUCGAGGCGAGCGGACAGGUUGGUGCGGUGGUCGAGGCUAGCGGAGAGGUUGGUGCGGUGGUCGCGCCGCACGGAGCAGGAGGCAAUAGCGGGAUAGGGCCAACUUCCACAAUGACCGCCGGUACUGAUGCGUUGGCGACGGGAGGAACAGGCAGCGAUGGCGGACCCCGUUUUGAUGUUGAUGAUGAUGAUGAUGAUGAUGAUGAUGAUGAUGAUGAUGAUGAUGAUGAUGACAGUGGUGGUGAUGAUGAUGAUGAUGAUGAUGAUGAUGAUGAUGAUGAUGAUGAUGAUGAUGAUGACAGUGGUGGUGAUGAUGAUGAUGAUGAUGAGGCGCUCGCGUUGGAUCUAGAGAGGUGACACUCGAGAGCGGUUCCUUUGACGGCGUCCUACCACUGUCGUAGCUGCAUUCUGCUCCGGCAGCCUACCGUC